AUGGCAGACUUCUCGGACGAAGAGGACUUGCUGCUUUAUCGGCUGGCAAAGGAGCAGGUUGAUGCAGGCCGCCGAAUUAACUGGCGGACUGUCUGGUUGGGGAUGCCAUACUGCGGGAAGACACAGCGACAGCUGCAGAUUCGUCUAAAGACGCUGAAGAGGACACACGGCGUGAGCUUAGAUUCUUUCCCAAGGAGAUUUCGGGAUCAAAAAUCGGCACGGACGCGCUUAGUGGUGGCUACAAGUUGA